UCCGGUGUCGAAGCCAGCUUUCCUGGAUCUCUGAGCGGCAGCGCCAGGUUAUGACCGACCGCUCCGAGUUAGGGUCGCUGUAAAGUCUGCAGCCCCAGCCGCGAAGCGUUAGGACCGAGCUGCGGCCGCCUUACUCCCAGCAGCUCAGGUGCCAGCGCCAGCGCCAGGUACAGAGAUCGUGUGGCCCACUCAGGCACAGGGAGGGGUCUUUGCAAAUAUCUGGACUGGAGCUGUUAGCGAGCGGAAAAAUCUACGCUUCCCACACCCCAGAGCUGACUCUGGCAGGUUUGCUGCAGCAGUGGAUGUGAUAUGGCACACCAUUCUCAAUCUUCGUCCUUGGGCAAUGUGGACAAUGAUCCCAACUUUGUCCCUCCUCACUACAAGGAAUAUUACCGCAUCGCUAUUGAUGUCCUGGCUGAGGAGGGAAUCGAUGCAUACUACCGCUUUCUGGCAGAGGAGAAGGAGGUGGAUUUUCUCAGCAGCUCUGAGAUUGAGCACAUUAAUAAGCACCUGAAGAAACCCACAAUUCCCUUGGAUGAGCUUGAAUAUGGUGGAAGUGACUAUGUUGAAUCAGACUCAUCGGGAACCUACUGGCCGGUUCACACGGACAUUGCUGCCCCGGCACUAGAUCUAGGAUGGCCCAAUAUUCAUAUGUGCAGGGGACCCUCUGAUGUUACUAUAUUUGUCCAUCCACCAGCCCCUGAUACCCUCAGCAUCAAGGAAGAGGUCAGGAGACUCAUCAGGUCAGCCACCCAGGUUAUUGCGAUUGUAAUGGAUGUUUUCACUGAUAUCGAUCUGUUUGCUGAGGUGCUGGAGGCUGCGAGUCACGGGAUCCCUGUCUACCUCCUCUUGGAUGAACUGUUCUCUCAUCACUUUCUGGAUAUGGUCAAGAAACUCCAAGUGAAUCUGAGUCACGUACAAUUCCUGAGAGUGAGGACAUUAACAGGAUCAACCUACAACUGCAGAUCUGGGAUGUCCUUCACUGGAAAUUUGAUAGAGCGGUUCAUGCUGGUGGAUUGUAAUGCUGUUCUCUGUGGCUCCUACAGCUUUAUGUGGUCCUUUGAGAAGAUUCAUCGCAGUAUUGUUCAGCGGUUUCAAGGAGAGCUUGUGGCAAUUUUUGAUGAAGAAUUUCGGAUUCUUUUUGCCCAGUCAAACCCUCUCUCUGGGUUAGAGAAUCCAAUGCCAGACAUGGAUAAUUAUUACACCGUGGCACCGUACCAGUCCACUGAUAGGCGGCGAUACAAACAAAACCCAAGAUACAUGCAGCAAGAGGACAUGUUUUCACAGCAUUCUGGCUAUUCGUGGGCAGACUCGGAUCCUGAUCACUUUCCCCACAAUUUUAGACAAAGCGAUGUCUACAGGCACAUCAAGGAGGACAUUGGGGGCAUUAGAGGCUGCAUGAAACAAUUUGCACGUUUUCAGGAGAAAACUCAGCUUGAACCCACAUCCAGUGCUGUUCUGAGGACAAAAAGGUUGGAAAUGAAUGCAUUCAAACGGAGAAGUUAUGCAGAAGGGACUUUGGAAAGUUAUGAUGCUUUGGAACAUCGAUAUGGACGAAUAAGUGAGCACUAUGAUCAAUUAGAUGCCAGAUCUGAGCAAUUGUUCCGAGAAAAGAUGUAUCCUUUGGAGCCUUCAUUAAUAAGGAAUAGAAUCAACUCUUUAAGCAGUCAGCAUCUAAGAGACAGCCAGGGAAUGCUUGAACGAAUUAAGCAAAACCGAAUAGGUAGGCAUCAGUAUGAUGAGUCAGUAGAACAGCCAAGGCACAGAUAUGAUCCCAGGAAUUGUGAAGAGACUUACCUGUAUGGUUUACCAGUCCAUCCACCUCUGAUAAACUAUGAACCUUCUCACUCCUCCAAAGAAGUUCGACAUGGUUCAAGUGAUCUAGAGAUGGUGAGUGAUGGAAGAUUGGGUCUGAAAAUACAGAAGCGCCCCAACAUUGGCCAGUCAUAUGCCUGCCAAAAGUCUCCAACUCAGAAACAAGUUCUGGAUCCAAAAAUGCUUUUCACUGAGUCAAGUCUGGGUCGAAAAUCUGAAGAUCAGCCCACCAAACAUGGGCUGAGGAGAUGGAGAAUUGGCUCCUAUCUCAGUGCUUAUCCAGAUGAGUACACAGAACAGCUUGCUGAGGGCAUUUCUGCACCAGAUGAACCUCAGGGCAAUGAUGAAGUGCUUCAGGGUUCAAGGAAAAACACUACUUUUGAGACAACCUUGUUAAGAGAUUCUCCACAGAUGACAACUUAUAAACGCUUAGAUCUAUACAACUUGAAGCACCCCAAAACAGAUGUGUUUGAUGGCCAGUCUCAGUCAUCAGAUAAAGGAAACGAGGAGCAAAAUGUGAAGCUGGCAAAGCAUGAAUCCAUGCGUAGUAAGCUUAACCCGAUGUUACAAAGGAGUUCUCGGCUGCGUUCUUCACUGAUCUUUAGUUCUUCAAAAGCAGAGCAGCAUAUCUCACAAAAAGGGAAAAUGAACUUGAGCAUCAGGGAGCAUAUAGAGAAUGAAGAAAAGGAAUCUGAAGAGAUUCAGGAACCCACAGCAACUGCUGGUCUUCAAGAAAAUAGUGGCAAGCAGGUGCUCAGCAAUGACCAAACCAAACAAAUCCAACAUUCAAUGCCUGCCAACAUCUUGCCAAGUGAGGCUGCCAAAACUUCACAACCAAAUCUCAAAGAGGUUAUUGCUGGAAAGCCACCAGACUUGGACCUGAGUAAGCAGCAGAGUAAUUCUGGUUUGGGUAGUUGUGACCCAGACCUGCAAUCCAGUGCCCAACCUAGGGCACAGCCAAAAAUAGACCUUCAACUGAGCAAAAAGGUUCAAGAUGCCAUUCAGAAAAUGACCCAGCGCACAUUACUACCUAAAGAAAUUAAACCAUCACCCGUUAUACAGUCAGCAAAAACUGAAAAGCUGCCUGUAGAAAAAUCUGGAAAUAUCAAUAAUUCUGGGCAGCAAGGAUCCCAACCCUGUCCUCAACGAGGCCCCCAACCCUCUCAGAUGGAUGCCAAGCCUUCUCCUCAACCAAGACACCAACCUCCUGAAUCAGCUACUCAGAAUAAUGCCACCAGUCCCAGAGAGGUUCUGAGACACUCCACUGGUUCCAUUGAAGUUCAGCACUCCUCUACAUCGACAUUAGAGCAGAUCAAUGACAGUUUAGCAAAGGUCAAGAUGCAUUCAUCUGCUGUGUGUCUGGACACAAGAGGGAGUAAAGAAGAUGAGGUGGGAGGGGAACCUGAAGUUUUGAACUUGAUUCCAAAGAGUCCUUUAAGAGGGAAAAGUUUUGUCAACCUCCCUGGUGUCACAAAACCAAAAGAAAUGGCCAGCAAUGUAGAGCUAGGGCAACGUCUGACUUCAGCCACAGAGAAUGAGAAGAAUCCUGAAAAAUCACCAAAAAUUGUCCAUAGUGAGGCAGUACCUUCCAACCCUGAGAAAGAGGAGAAACUACGCAGACCUCCAACCAAUCCCACAGCAACCAAAAUUUUACAAACUGUCCAGGGGAGCAGGUAUUCCACAUCUACUUCCAAUGCCCUGUACAGCAGCAACCUUCGAGAUGACACCAAAGUCAUCCUGGAGCAAAUCUCGGCCAACAGUCAAAAGAACCGGGCCGAGAAUGCCAAAGUGCAGCAUUCCACCACCAAUGAAGUUGAUGGUCCUGGAGGCUCAACUGAGCAGAAGCUUACACCCGAGUCAGACAAAACAGACUCUGAUAAAAAGCAGUUUGGUAUCUCGUCAGGUCUUGAAAACCUGAUUAAGAACAAAGGCAAAUCGCAAACUUCACUUGAUUAUAUAGACCCUCUAAUUAAGAGGAUGGAUAGUUUUCGAAAGGAGAAGCGGGUAUACAGUAGAUUCGAAGUCUUCUAUAAGAAAGAUGACUCUUCGAAAACAGAGGACACCUCUGCAGCACAACAAAGUAACAGAACACAAGAUUCCAAGGAUAUAGAUGGUGGAGACAAAAAAAAAUCUUCAAAAAUUAUUCCCAAAUUUUUUGGGACACUUAGGAGGUUUUAAUGCUCCCUGUGACUUACCAAACUAAGUGGAGCUAAACCACAAGUACCUGGACUGCUUGAUGUUGGAUGCUGACAUUGAUGAUUUUUGUUCAAAAAUUAUCGCUUGCUGCUCCAAACUGUAGGCAACAACUGAAAUGAGAGAGGGUCACCAAUAGCACUGAGUAACUGACACCUACAUAUAGCCUUUAACAUAGCUUUGCGAUGGAAGGAAAAGGAAAGAUUGGACACUGCACAGAAAUUGGGGUAGAAUUUAGAGGAGAUCAAAGACUUGGUCAAGGAGAUGGAUUUUAAAUAGGUUUCUUGAGGGGUGAGGUGGGGGGAAGAGAAACAUUGAGAUGGACAGACAGGAAUAGCUGCCUUCACAUAUUGGACAAGUUUCAAGGGAAGGAGUGAGGCGCUUGUUUCUCCAAGAUGCCAGUGAUGCCUAAAUUGUAGCUAGCCGUAUACAAACUUGCAUUUAUAAUGUAGUUAUUUUCAUAGGGGGCAGGUUUCGUCUUGCUUGUGCUUUAAAAAUAAAAAUUGUUAGCAGAUAAAUAUUUACAAUUAGUCAAACAUGUGUAAUGCAACCUCAGCUAUGUACUGUGCAGAUGGAUUGGCAUUUUGGGCCAAUAGUUUGUUAUAUAAAAAGCCAAUAGUUUCAGCUACUGAUGACCAGUGUUAAAGGUUAUUUCUUAAAUCUGUUACACAAGCCAGUUCAGUUUAACUUUUCACUUUCCGUUUCCCUUUCUGUCCUGAAGGUCAGCAGCUGAUGUUUAUGCCAUCUCAUACUGGCUAUGUUCUCAUCCGUCACUAAAGUGGAUAUUCUCUAUUUGUAAGCCUCGGUCGAGACUAUGUGAUAUCACAGCCUUGCUCAGUGUUCAUGCACAUGCACUUUCCAACAAGUGAGAUUCAAGUGAGAACCCUGGCAGGUUUUUCUCCUUCUAAGCCUGAGAAUGCAGAGGCUAAUUACAGUAUCCUCUACAUUGGAGAGACCAAACGCAGACUGGGCGACUGCUUUGCAGAACACCUUAGGUCUGUCUGCAAGCAUUGCCCAGACCUCCCUGUCGCUUCCAAUUUCAACACUCCGCCCUGC